UUCUGCGGAAUAGUCAUUCAGGGGGUGUAAGUCUGACACACAGCAACGCAGAAGCUCGCGGAGAGCGUGUUUUGUUUUUCAGUUGUGACUGACGAGUUAAUGAUAAGAAUCAUGGUUUCUUAAAUAGAUGGUUUGCUUAAAAAUUGUUGUCUAUGUUUAUAUUUUUCUUCUUUAGAUUUUUCCAUGCUGUCUGCUAAUUUAUAUGCAAGAUUCGGAUCACCAUGGCUAUAUUCACUAGAUCAUGGAUCGAGUGUUGCCUUUGAAAUACAUCGCAAAGCUGGUCUGUGCACUUCAUGUCUUGAACUCAAGCCACCUGUCACCAUGGCUUCAGCAAGUCGACGGAGAGCUGGAAGGCGUGCUGCAGUUUCUUUUGCAGAUGUACCCACAUCGUGUGACAGGACGGAUGGUUACAGCGUUAGCACCUCAGCAUCUCCGAAAUCUGAGUCUUGUAAAAUGCAUAAAAUUAACACCUCAAGAUAUUCUUCAUGUACUAAAAAGGUGCAGAAAUCUGCAGCAGUUGUCUCUGAGGGAGUGUGGGCACCUAGAAAUGGAUCAGUUGGUGUCAUUGUGUUCUUCAGAUCUUUGGCACCUUGUGAAGCUUGACCUGGACUCCUGUGUCACUCUUAGUGACCAAAAUGUCCAUGUAAUUCUUAGAGAAGCUACUUAUCUGAGGUAUCUGAAUGUUGCCAACACAAACAUCACAAAUGCUGCCUUUCUUCCUGAUGCUAGCAAACAGCUGAGGCGUGAAGUAUUUAACAAAAAGCAUUUCCAAGGAUCAGAUUCUAAGUGUGCAUGUUCUUUAGUGAGUGUAGAUGUGUCAGGUUGUUCACAGCUGACCAGUACUGGUGUUCGACAUCUAUGUUCAUUGACAGGAAACACUUUACAAAGUCUUAACAUCUCUUGGACUGGUGUGGACUUCACAGCCCUGCUGUACCUAUCUGCUUUGUCUUUACCAGCUGCUGUGCAGUUUAUGCUAGAUGCUGAGAAAUCGUUUGGAGCAGAUCCCACCCUCACCAGUUCCUUGCGUCAGGAACUCUCUAGCUUUCACACCAUUUGUCAUCAUCUAGAAGCCAUUGAAGCCGAGAAUGAGAUAAAAGCAAAAUUUCUCAAUGUCUUUGAUAAGCCUGAGUGUGAUCAGGGUUUAGAAUCUCAAGGACAGGUGACUUUUGAAGGACAGACAACAUCUGAAGAGACUGGGAUAUCUGAAGGGCAUGCAGUGUUGAAAGGGCAUGGGACAUCCAUCUCAUCAGAGUUCCUGCUCUGUUCCUCCAGCAGCAGACAGGAUGCAAAGGCUGUGGAGCAAUCAACAGUAGGGACUCUGGAGGAUACAGCUGUACAGAGUGCUUUACCUCAAAGCUCUGUCCAAAGUGGGGAACAAGAGUGUGGUAUAAUUCCCCAUGUCCUAGAAACAUGUGACCAGGUUGGAAAGAACUCCCAAGAGAGAAGUGUGCUAGAGGACUCAGAUGAAGCCACAACCAUCUUGGAACCACCUAGCCAAACACUAACCAGCAGGCUAAGCCAGAAGUCUAGUACCAGUUCCGUGUCUUCCCUGCAGGACAUACCAGCUACACAGCCCAGGUCAGAUUGGUGAAACUGUGUGCUUUCCCAGUGACACAGCUGUAAGCAG